GCGUCCGGUAAAUGGGAGUGGAACGAAUGGAACACGCCUUACGCAAGCUUACUUAUCAUUGGACGGUCUACAGCGACUGACAGAGUAUUUGUCCAACAAGCGUUGGGCAGCUAUGAUGGCGGUAGAUAUGGCCGAGAAUGCUGCCUCGCUGUAAAUGUAACCCUACGCAAAUGGUUUCAUGGCUGCUAUCGAGAGCACUCCCGUGAGGGCUGGCGCUACAUCUGUGCCGUGUGGCCAUGCUAUUGGAAGUGAGAAAUGGAGAGGAACAGAACUUGCCAAGUUGUUACAAGGAAAAGUAAAAGUUGUGUUUGAAGACGGCUUGGGACUGGUGGAUUUCCAUCUAUCCAAUAGAACCUGCAUAUUGUACAUAUCCGAGAGUGAUCUUGUGUCAGGAAAUGCUUUUAGAAGGAGACUUGUUCGUUUUAGAAAAGCCUGUAACCUGAAUGGCAUUGUAAUAGCAGAGAGAACCAGACUGAGUGACCAGUAUUACCCCCCUGUACAGAAUUUCGUGGUGCUAGAACUUGGCAUGGCAUUACUUCCUGUGACCAACCAGAAAGAAGCAGCACAACUGAUAUUUCAUUUAGUUCAAGAGCGAAGCCGAGAAGGAAACUGUAAUCUUUUCAUUCGCAAAAAGUCUUUUCAGCUUCCAGAUGCAAGUGUGCUGCAGACAGUCCAAAAAAUUCCAGGUGUUGGGAGAGUGAAAGCACUGCAACUUCUACAGCAUUUCCCAAGCAUCCAGAAGCUUUCGAAUGCUUCUGUCGCACAACUAGAGUCUGUGUUGGGACGAGCCAUUGCACUUAACAUUCAUUCAUUUUUCCAUACAACAUAGUCAACUGUUGUAGUCUGAUCUAUAAGUCCAACUGUUGUGAUGGCCAUAGUGCAACUAAUAAAAAUAAGUGAUACAUUAAACAGCA